AUGCCCUCCGCCCGCCCGCCCCUCAUGGACACCUCGGAAAACACCGCGACCCCCUCCCCAGCGCCCGCCUCCACAGCGCGUCGGUCUGGUCGCGAGCGCAGGGCACCUGAGAAGUUCCAACCCGAGGCCGGCGCCGCAUCCAAGCGGAAACGCGGCGAGGACGAUGACGACGACGUCGAGAACCACAACCCAGCAGCCGACGAUGAGGAGUCUGACGAGAUGAGCGAGGACGACGACAGCGACGGCGAGGACACACCCGACGAGGAGGAGCAGCGCGCCGCGAGGCGCCAAAAGAACAAGAAGGGCGCGUCAUCGCAACCCUCUCGCAGCAGGAAACCUGCUGCGAAGAAGCCCAAGAUCAACGGCGCCGGACCCGCGGGUGUCGCGCACUCGAACAGUGUGGGGCUGCCCAGUCGGCCGAAGCCAAAGAAGACGGCACGCGUCGUCACAGGGGACCAUCGCGAUGGGGAUGGUGUCUACGCCGAUAUUUUCGGGUCGGGCGACAACUCCGACGACGUUGCGGGCCGGUGGUACCAGAAGUACCGGGCAGACAACGAGGCGGCCGUCACAGACCUGGUCAACUGCGUCUUGCUGGCAUCGGGAUGCGAUGAGCAGGUGACGGACAUUGACAUCCGGGAUCCGGACAACAUUCAGAACCGCUUGUCGGAGCUGCAGGAUCUCUACCAAGAAAAACAAAUAACCGACUACCCUCUCGCCAGGGUGAAGGAGAGCAGAGGCUUCCGCGAUUACCUCGUCGGUUUCUUCGAAUCCCUGAUCAAUGUCUUGCACGAGACAGGCGCCCUCUAUACCGACGAGCCUCUCAUGGAAAACAUUGCGCGCUGGGUGUAUACAAUGUCCUCGUCAACUCUACGACCUUUCCGACACACGGCCACGACUGUCGCGCUGGCCAUGGAACUGGCUCUGGCAGGCGUCGCGCAAAAGCUCGACGACAGAAUCGCAAAGACGUCACAACAAGUGGAUACCGAGAGGGGACGCAAGGGCAAGAACAAGAACAAGGAUAUGCUGGCGAACCUACAGAAGUCCCUGAAUGAGGCAGAGCGCAACCGUGAAAUGUGCUCCAAGUACAUGUUAGACUGCUUCGAUGUCGUGUUCGUUCACCGGUACCGUGAUGUCGAUCCUCGCAUAAGGACAGAGUGCGUGGACGCUUUGGGCUCUUGGAUCUGGGUGCUACCCACUGUCUUCAUGGAACCAGAGUACCUGCGAUAUCUGGGCUGGUUGCUGUCCGACUUCGUGGCAUCUACCCGGCAGGAGGUCCUCAAGCAGUUGUCGAGGAUGUUCAAGCGCGACGCGGCCAAACUCGGGCACUUCAUCGACAGGUUCCGACCCCGAUUGAUGGAGAUGGCCACACUAGACCUGGACGUGAGCGUCCGCGUUGCGGCUAUCAACGUGAUCGAGGCUCUGGGCGAGAACGGCAUGCUAGAGCCUGAUGAAAUCGACAAUGUGGGCAGGCUCAUCUUCGACUCUGAGCCCCGGAUACGAAAGGCUGUCGUCAAGUUUUUCGCUGAUGUUGUGGAGGCUGCUGUUGAGCAGAAGAUCGAAGCCAUGGGAGGCGACGAGGUUGUCGACGAGAUCUUCCCAGAGGGCGAAGAUGUGGAAGAGUCCUUCUCACCCAGGAAAGAGUGGGUUGAGGUCAAGGCUCUAGCUGAGACCCUUGAGGCCUACGAGUCACAAUUGGAGGAUGACGAUGAAGAAGACCGACGUGACAUGUCUACUGACAUGAUCAGUGUCAUGGUUCCAGAAACGAGGAUGUCACUGGCAUCCCAGGUUCUGUACGAGAAGCUGCGCACAGUCAAAGAUUGGGGUAUUCUCAUCGGAUAUCUCCUCCACGACCACUCCACAAGCACCAAGUCAAAUUCAAGGUCCAGGAACUCGGCUGAAAAGACGAUUCGGCAACAUGUUGCUCCAACAGCAGAGGAGGAAAUCAUUCUUCUUGAGGUCCUCGUGGCAGCUGUUAAGCAAAACCUUGCGCACAUAGCAGACGCCGAGAAGGGCAAGAAAAAACUAAUCAGGAGCAACGUGACGGACUCAGCAGAGGAUAUCGCUUUGAGCCUGGUACAGUCGGUCCCAAAGCUUCUGAACAGAUUUGGAGCAGCUCCAAAGGCUGUCACCACCGUGCUCCGGCUUUCGCACCUGCUGGACCUUGACGUUUUCGAACAGCUCCACCAAGAUUCUUCCACGUUUGAGCACUUCUUGGAUAGUAUCUGUACCCAGUUCUCGAGGCAGGAGGACAAGGAUGCAGUCUCAGAUGCCGCUUUUGCGCUCCUUCGAGCUCGCAAAUGCGAUGAGUUUGAGGAGACUGUUGACCUGAAGAUCUCAGAAUUGUGGGAGAACUCCAUCGAUUCGCUACGGAAUCUGGACCGGGUCAACGACCUUUCAAAACGCGGCGAGCUGAAUGCGGCUGUCUUGUCGAGCCUCUCCAGCACGCUACUAAAAAUCAGCAGCCUCGCCAAGAUCAAAAACUGCGUCGACAUUCUCGAGACCGAAGGCAGGGGCUCAGGCGCCAAGACUCCCGUCAUCGACGUCUUGGUCAAAACUGUACACCGAGGUCGCUUCCAGCAGCCCGACGAGGAACUCGAUGACAUGGAGGACGAGGCCACCUCGUUUGCUAUCAAGAGCUGCCAGCUCUACUUCAUGUGGAAGGUCGUCUCGAUCACACGCGAUAUUGAGACACAGGUGGACAUCCCGGCUAAUGCGAUCAGUCGCCUUGCGGGCCUGAGGAAGCUUUUCCAGACAAACCUCAUCCAUACAUUCUCUUCCAGGGCCAUCAAUGACGAUCUCCGCCUCUUCGCGACUGGUAGCCUCUGCGACCUUCACGUCACUUUUGCGUCGAUCAAGCGCACCCUCAAUCAGUGGUCAGCGGUCGGUGCAUCUAAGAAAUACGCUGGCCUGCUGGCGCUGAAUCAAGAGAUUCAGCCCGGUCUCGUUCCCGAGCUCAUCAAUAUUUUCGAUGGCGCCGAGCGCGCCUACGCCAAGAAGGCCAAGAAGCACCUCAACGAGCCUGCCGAAGACGAGGACCCCAUUGAUGAUGAUCAGCUGUCAGACGCAGAGGAUGAAGAGGAUCUUUCGGACAGCGAGAAGCGAGCAGCGGAGCUGCGCGCUGAGAAAAGCCUGUGUGAGCUAGCUCACAAGUACGUUCUUGCGAUCCUGACACGGGUCGUGGACCAGACCGGUCCACAUGCCGGCAAGCUCAGGAAGCGCCUGCAACGCAAUGCCACGAAGCUAGGCAAAAACUUCCAGGACGCGGUGGCGUACCUUGACGAGAGGAAGAUACGCGAGGCAGAGGCCGCGAAAGCUCGGCGCGCUGCUGCAUCCAAAGCCAGAAGUAAGGCACCCGCCGCCAAUGUCAACAGGGAGCCUGCCAAAUCGGCCGAGAUAGUGGUUGCGGGCGAUGAAUCUGACGAGGAAGAGCAGCCUGAGGAGGGAACGGAGGAGGAUUUAAGGAGACGCGAGCUGUUGGAAGAUCCCGUUGAGGAUCCCGAGAGCGACGCUGAUGAGGCUGGGAUUAAUGCUGCUGAUGAUGAGUCUAUCCUGGGCGACUGA